AUGAUUCCGGACGGCGACGGCGACGACUUUGACCGCCUGUACGAGCGGCUGGUGGGACGACGCAAGCAGCGAACGCAAGCCAAGCGCGAAGCAGCAGCGGCAUCUGAGAUCUCUGCGGAAGAUGACAAUAGCGUGAAAGAAGAUCAGCUGAACGCUGUGCAACAGAUCGGAGGUCGAAAGAGAGAUCAGCAAGCGCAUAAUGCGCUGGUCUUGGAGACUGCGAAGCGUCUGCGGCUGGCUCGAAACGUUCGGGGGCUUGCGCGAUUGAGUCGUUGCAGCCCCCAUCGUCUCGCCUUUCAGCUCGUUGCUGGUACUGUUUCGGGCAAAGUCUUGUCAGGGGCGCAGAAGUACAGGAGGGAUCGAUGGCAGCUAGCUAGGAUGCCAAGGAGUCAGGAGGAAGUCACUUCUGGCGUAGCGAGGAGCUUGCGCCUGGAACGAGUUGCUGCCAGGCUGUACCUUGAUCGAGCCGAUGACUUUCGGCCUGAUGCAGUGACGACAGUUGAAGGACAUCGUCGCGUUAUUGAUGAGCUUUUGUUCUUCUCGCCGCCAGGUGGAACGUUAUUAUCUCAAAUCGGGUACGCCGAAAGCGAUAAUGCGGUUCCCCUUCCACCACUGCGAGGUGCUGAACGACGCAGCAGUGGGACAUCUACGUGA